AUGAUGGACACAACAUUCGAGCAGCUACCCAGCUCAGCAAAGGUUGUUUUUGAUCAAGAGAAUCCGAUUGUGGCAAUUCAAGGGAUUUUUAAAUUAACACCAGAAGAAUUUGUGGAUUUCCUUGAGAAACGUGUGAUCUAUAAUGCAGACGACCUCAUCGCUAUUGAUAAGCCAAUGAUGGUCCCAUAUUCAGGAUCUAAGAGUGGGAGACUUCAGAUUGAUAGGGUUUUACAGGUAAGAAUUAGAUUUUGCUUUUUUUGUUCGAAGUUUAGGUAUGAAUUGGAUUGAUAAUCGAUGUUGCAUGUAUAGUAAGGCACUACGAAGCUUCUAAGAUAAAGAAAUACCUUUGAAUCUCAUUUUUUUUAAACAUGGGGUUUUGAUGCUAUGUGCAACAUACUUUUUCUUUUUUGACUGUUUAUAUCUGAAGUAGAACUUAUUUUUUUUCAAAUAGAAGACAUAACCAGUUGUUUUUCCUGGAUUAGUUCUUAUGAUCGUACAGCUUGGGCACAAUUUUAAAGUUUCGUUUUUCGCCAAUCAAGUGUAAUAUAAUUUCAGGACCUAAAGAAGAGGAUAGCCCCUGACAUUGAUCGCCUCCAUCUUAUCGAGUCUCUAGAUCGUGCUGCCAGUGGUGUGUUGCUCUUUGCCAAAACUGCGGAUCGUCAGAAGCAGCUUCAAGAAGCCAUCAAAGACGGCCGAGUUCAACAUCGGUUCCGAUGUAUCGUAAAGGGCCUUCCAACCGUAGAAAAAGCCAAUAUAACCAUUCCAUUGAGGAAAGUUUCAAAGGGAAUGGACGUCAGAUUGCUUCCGGCGGUCGAUAAUACAAAAGAAGUUAUCCAUUGCAAGACUUUAUAUUCGGUUGUGAAUGAGAACCGGGCGGAUCAUGUUUCCUUGUUGGAUGUGGUGGUAGAUCGAACGAAUUUACAUCAAGUAAGAGGUCAAAACGUGGCUGGCAAUAUCUGCUUCCAUUUGGGAUAGCUGAAGUUUAUAAAAAUUUGGUUUUUUUCGUCGAAUCUUUGAGCGGAGUCGGACGAUUGGGGAAAUGUACGAUUGGGGAAACCGAAAUUUAUUAUUUUUCUUCGAUGCAAGUGUGAAAUUAGGGUAAUCGAGGGCGCUGAUUUCGAAAAUGACAUUCAUUUUUCUUACUGUUUUCCUUAAGUAGUACUGUAAAGUAGCAAUUUUUUGAAUUUUUUUCAAAUACUCGAUUUAGGGGUUUUCGAUGGUGCUUUCGAAAAUCUUAUUCAUUUUAUGAUUUUAAAGCAGCACUACCGUAAAACCCCCAAAUCGAGUAUUCAUGGAAAAAAUUCAAAAAAUUGCUACUUUACAGUACUACUUAAGGAAAAAAAGUAAAGAUCAAAAAAAAUGAAUGUCAUUUUCGAAAUCAGCACCCUCGACUGUCCUAAUUUCACAUUUGCAUCGAAGAAAAAUAAUACUUUUUGGUUCCCCAAAUCGUACCUUUCCCCAAUCGUCCAACGCCGCCCAAAGAUUCGACGAAAAAACCAAAUUUUUGUAAACGUCAGCUAUCCCUAAUGGAAGCCGAUACUGCCCAGCUCCUCUUUGGGCUUUCUUCGAGUUGUAUCAAAAAAAUUUUCAAUUUAUUGAUGAUAAAGCGUUCAUAUUCCAGAUCCGAACCCACUUAUCCAAUGGAAUUGGCUGUCCAUUGAUCGGAGAGUCCAAAUACAACGGUUUACAUCCAAAUACCCCGGUCAGACUCGGCCCCAGGAUCAUGAAUUACCUCGGUCUUCCCGAAACUCAAGCUCGAAAAGUGCCAAUGUUCAUUCAUCACGCAGAAGCCCUCGUUCCUCUAGGAAAUGGAAGUCGGUUUUCGGUGGUCAAGGCUCCAUACUCACCGGUGUUCAUGUAUGCAGUAAAGGCGUUGGGAUUAAUGAAGAAAAGAUGA